AUGGCUACAACAAUAUAUCAAUUUGAUCAAUUGAUUUCUAAAUCAUUGGAAUCACUUGUUGAUCAAAGUCUUAAUCUUAUUGAUAUUGGAUUGCUGAUUGGACAACAACAGAAUGAAACUAAAGCAACGUUUCUAUCAAUGAUUUCAACACCCAAACCAUUUGACAAUCAAAAUGUUGAAUACAAGACCACAAAAGAUAUUGAUGAUGUAUGGGUUGCAGAACAUUCUAGAUUAGUUUCAAAGAUGCUCUAUGGUGGAAUCAAUAUAACUGGAAUCUGUUUGAGUGUACCAUCCAUCAAUGUGGUAAACGAUGCCAACCUUGCACAGAUUUUAAAAUCAAUAAGAACAACACUUAUUCAAGAGAGAAGCUAUUUAACAAAUAUUAUUAAAACACUUUAUGUUUUAAUUUAUAUUAGAUCAACAAAACAAUAUAUUUUGAAAUCAAUUUCAAGUGCAUCAACAGACAACAAAUUCAAACAGAUCACCGACAUCAAAUUCACUCAGCCAACUCAAGACUUUUUAUAUCUAUCAUUAAAUACAACACUCAAUAUUAAAAUGAAAUUAAAUUCAAGUAAACAAUUUAAUGUUGAAAUGUUCAAUGAAAUGAAACAAUUGAUUGAAAAGAAUUUAUAUAGUCAACUAAAGAAAUCGAUUGUAUUUACGGUUGACAAUCAAUAUUGUCCAAUGGAUUCAACUGGAUCCACAGUAAAACUCUCAGAGUUUGCCAAUGGAAAGUCACCGAUCGUCGUUGUCGAUGCACUAAUGUCUGGCACUGACAUUGUUUUGGGAAGAGACAGUGCUGUCACACUCCACUUUGGCAAUGGUGUACAACAGUACCGAGCGUAUGCAUUGAAGAGCGAGUCUAUCACCAACACUCUCGAGUAUUUGUUGCACGACAUCAUCAAUUCUCUCGAGUCGAGAGUGGAGCUACUCAUCGAUAACAACGACGUCGACCAAUCCAAUAUGUCAAAGAGCACAGAGAUAACACUACCAAGAAGAGCAUCGGUCCAGUGGAUCAAUAACAACAUCGAGCUUUGCGACUACCUCUACGACGCUGAGGGUUACUACGAUUUCCAACAACGUAUACAGGAACUUACCAAUCUAGAGUUUUCACAUCAAUCCGAGAGUACUCAGAAUCAAAAUAACAAUAGUAGUUCAUUACCUAGUUGGAUUAAAUCAAUAGAGAAAAAUAAUAGUUUAUCAAAGAGCAACAAAACAGUUUCAUCAUUGCCUCCAACAACGACAACUAAAUCAACAACAUCCACUACAUCUACAAAGAAUCCAACAACCUCAACAACAACAGCCACCACUUUGACCAACAAACAACAAACAAAAUCCAACAGUAACAUACAAUAUUUGGCAAUUGCUGUAAUUAUUUUCAUUAUUGCAUUGGCAUAUCAGUUAAAUAAAUCUGAUGUUUAA